CAAUUACUACUACAGCCGGCUGAUGCGGGCACCGGUAGAAACACAGGUUGAUCCCGAAGAAAACGGCUUAGGCGAACAGACACGUCGUUGUUGUUGUUUUUAAUCGAACGGGUUUAUUUUUUUCCUUUUUUGUUUCAUAUCAUUCAAUAACUGGAUUCAUAGGUAAAGUGUAAACGACUUUAAACGUAAAUCUUCAAGAACGAGAUGGCUAGAGGAGAGGGCGCAGAGCAGUACUCCAAUACCAGUCUCCUUCAAAAACCCAGCCCAGAUGGAAUCAAACUGGCAGCAAAUGAAUCAAGGGGCCGGUUGUCGGUAUGCAGCAAGUUGUGUUAUGCCAUUGGGGGAGCACCAUAUCAGAUAACAGGAUGUGCAAUCGGCUUCUUCCUUCAGAUCUACCUGCUGGACGUUGCUUUGUUGGACCCAUUUUAUGCCUCCAUCAUCUUGUUUGUGGGUCGAGCAUGGGAUGCCAUCACAGACCCUACGGUGGGCUUUCUAGUCAGCCGGAGUCCCUGGACCAGAUUUGGACGAAUGAUGCCCUGGAUUGUACUGUCUACGCCAUUGGCCGUGCUAUGUUAUUUCCUCAUUUGGUACGUGCCAUCUGUUGACCAAGGCAAGGUUGUUUGGUACCUGAUCUUCUACUGCUCCUUCCAAACAUUACAGACGUGCUUCCAUGUACCGUAUUCUGCACUUACUAUGUUUAUCAGCACUGAGCAGAAGGAGAGGGAUUCAGCCACAGCCUACCGAAUGACUGUUGAGGUUUUGGGCACGCUCAUUGGCACUGCUGUUCAAGGUCAGAUUGUGGGAAUGGCUAACGCUCCUUGUAUCAGCACUGGCAAGGACCUGAACUCUACAGAUCUGCAGGGGGCUCCGGAGGUCAACAUCACUGAGCCUAAUGUUUCACUGAAGCAUCUGAGAAAUGCUUACAUGAUCGCAUCUGGUGUCAUCUGCUCAAUUUAUGUCGUCUGUGCCAUGGUCUUGUUCCUUGGUGUGAAAGAACAAAAAGAGACCUGCAGGGUUAGGACUGAGCCCAUGUCGUUCUUCCAGGGCAUUCGUAUGGUGAUGGGUCACGGCCCGUAUGCCAAGCUGGUCAUGGGCUUCCUCUUCACCUCUCUGGCUUUUAUGUUUCUGGAGGGAAACUUUGCACUGUUCUGUAGCUACACCCUUGGCUUCAGAAAUGACUUCCAAAACAUCCUUCUCGUCAUUAUGCUCUCCGCCACACUUGCCAUCCCAUUUUGGCAAUGGUUCCUCACUAAAUUUGGCAAGAAGACCGCUGUGUAUAUUGGGACUACAUCUGUGGUGCCUUUCCUGGUCUCCGUCGUCUUUGUGCCCAGCAAUCUUAUUGUGACGUACGUCGUGUCCUUUGCCGCUGGAGUCAGCGUUGCAGCGGCCUUCCUCCUGCCAUGGUCCAUGCUUCCUGAUGCCGUGGAUGAUUUUAAAGUCCAAAAUCCUGAAUCUCAGGGCCAUGAAGCCAUCUUCUACUCCUUCUAUGUGUUCUUCACCAAGUUUGCAUCUGGAGUUUCCUUGGGGGUCUCAACUCUUAGUCUUGAUUUUGCCGGCUAUGUGACGAGAGGUUGCACGCAACCCGCUGAAGUCGAUUUAACAUUGAAGAUCCUGGUGUCUGCUGCUCCAAUAGUCUUUAUCAUUAUCGGGCUGCUAAUAUUCAUCUCGUAUCCAAUCAACGAGGAAAAGAGACAAGGCAACCGCAAAAUACUUAAUGAACAACGAGAAAAUGAAAUCGACUCAGAAACAGACUCCACUGAGCUCAAUGUGGUUUAAUAGCACCAGAACACUAGACAGAACAUCGUGCCAAUCGCGUCGGACCAACAGAGCCAAAACAAACUGAGUGGAUGCUUUGAACCAACCAUGCUGCCUUGUGGCUGAAAACUUCCACCCAUAUCACCCCUACACGACCGCAAAUCAAGUUGAAACGUAACCUUUGCCAGCUCAAGUUCAAAGUGCCUUGCCAUUUCCAGUUGCAAGUGCUUAUGGACGCUAGAAACAUUUCCCUGAGUUGCACAAGGCUUUUGUGUGUUGCAAGUAUUUGUGCUGCUCACUGGCAUAGGAUCUCAAAGCAGUGUCCAAAAAAAGCCAACUUUUGAUAAGCACACAUCUAGACUGCACUAAAAAAUGAUCUGAGGUGGGACAUGUCUACCGUAAGAAGAAACUUGAAACAUUUAAAAAAAGGUUUUUAGGUGCUACAACCAAAAAUGCAUUUCAAUCGUGAUUGAAAGGUACAUUCUGGGAGGAAUAUCUGUGAAACUGUACACAACGGAGUAAUAUUUGUAUGUAAUUUAAUAUUUAUAAAUGCUUUUGUGAAUCUAACUGGAUAAGCAAACUUGAAACAUUGAGACCUGAGUGGGGUUUGAUUACAUCAAACUUCAGUAUUGUGCACAGAAGGUUAUUGUUUAUUUCUUGUAUUACUUUCCUUCACAUACUCCUUCUAUUGUGUUCCUUUUCAUCUGCUUCUGCUCUCUUGGGGCAAACAAACAGAGCUUGUUUAGAGGGAUGCGCUGAGGGAUAAACUUACAAAUUUGGUCCCUCAACACCUUCAGAUGAUAUGCUUCAGAUCAGAGGAUCUUAUUCGAUUAAGUUCUGGAUGGGUUCACUGAAGUGUGGAUCAAAGUGCUGCUGACAACUGAAGACUAGCAGGAUGCCAUUAGACUAUGUGGGGUUAAAAUGUACGAUCAAUUGCUUAUUUUGUGAGGUGAACAAGGUUAAGUAGUUAUUACUUUUGUUUUAGAUCAUGUGUUGAUUUGAUUUAUGUCUGUUUCUCCCAUCUUCCUUAAUUUGUCUUGUUUAAGGGUCUCAUUUGCAUGAAAUAAGGGCAAUUCGAGCUGUCAUUGCUGAAUUAUGUCUAAUAGCCUAUGCCAUUAAUUCCUAUGGAAAAGCCAAUCGGUGUGUUUAUAGGUGACUGCUGUUUGUUUAGGUGUUAAAUUAAUCUGAUUUCUGGUCUGUUUGUUUCGUGUCAGUGUCCGUAUACAGUAGUUGUCUCAAAAGUGCUUUUAUUAUCGUAUAGUUCUCUGCCUGUAACUUCUGUGUGUCAAAGAUCUGAAUGCCAAAUGUUUCUCUACCAUCUGUAAGUGCUGUGAUAAAUGUACAUAGACCAUCUGAAAAUAUUAAGUCAUAUUUUUUAUUUUCUAUUUAGGGAAAAUGGAAUGGCUUGUAAAUAAUAUUUGUGUAAAUGUCUUAUUUUAUACAUAUGAUGCGCAUUGAAAUCUCAUCAGUGCAUGUUUGGAGUUCAUACGGUUUCCUAACACGUGUCAAUUUUGUAUUGAUGCAUCUGUGACUUUUUUCAUUUUCAUUAACACCGGUUUGUGGUGAUCUGUUAAGAUUUCUGUAUUCUGACAUCAAACAUUACAGUUAUUGUAUAUAACAGAUGUGCUGAUGUUUGUACAUAGACGUGAUAUUUCUGGAUGCAAUUGUGGUAAGUGUGUAGUUAUUUAAAAGAAACGAUGUUACAAAAAUGUUUAAUAAAUACUAAUUAAUAUUCAA